GCCCUGAUCUUUCUGCUGCCUUGCAAGUGACCCCCCCUACAGGAAGAUAACGGAUAAGCCAGGAGGGAGGAGCAGUUUAGCUACACAUGUCUGGCUACUCUUAUCAACUUAUCAUAUAAGGAAAGGAAAGUGAUUGAUUCAGAUACCGAAGCUGUAAAAUCUUGCCAAAAGACAAGCAGAAGAAAACAUUAAAGCUUAUUUUAAAAACGAACACAGAACUUGCAGCUGAGACAGGAUAGUUUCUCUAUUUGCAUCUGACAGUUUAGGGCACAGCCGGAGAGAAGACAGCACUUUUUUACCAAGUUUGCAACGAGAAAGUAAAAAAAAAAAAAAAAAAGGCAAGCCCUCAUUCCAAGUACUUUACACAUGACAGUAAAGCACUGAAUUUCAGGGCAGGUCAACUAGAUAAUCUGGACUCUUGUUAAGAAUACUGAAAAUAAAAUACUUCAGUAUUUUAGAUUUGCUGGGUUAUCAUAGCAAUUAAAAUGUGGCUGGCUGUUUACUUUAUUUUGAGCUGUAAUCUUGUUUUAGCUUCAGGGUAUAGCUCCUUUCGUAAAAGCAUGGAGACUAUCGGCAAGAAGCAGUAUCAGGUUCAGCAUGGGUCAUGCAGCUAUACCUUUCUAUUGCCUGAGAUGGACAACUGCCGUUCUUCUUCUAGCUCUUAUGUGUCUAAUGCAGUGCAGAGGGACGCACCACUAGAUUAUGAUGAUUCAGUACAAAGACUGCAACUACUUGAAAACAUCAUGGAAAACAACACUCAGUGGCUAAUGAAGCUUGAGAAUUACAUCCAAGACAAUAUGAAGAAAGAAAUGGUAGAGAUCCAGCAAAAUGCAGUGCAGAAUCAGACUGCAGUAAUGAUUGAAAUAGGCACAAACCUACUGAAUCAAACAGCUGAACAGACCCGCAAGUUGACAGAUGUUGAAGCUCAAGUAUUAAAUCAGACAACAAGACUUGAACUUCAGCUUCUGGAACACUCUCUUUCCACCAACAAAUUAGAAAGGCAGAUUUCAGAUCAAACCAGUGAAAUAACUAAGUUGCAAGAAAAAAACAGCUUUCUAGAAAAAAAAGUCCUUGAUAUGGAAGACAAGCAUACACUUCAGCUACAAUCAAUCAAAGAUGAAAAAGAUCAACUUCAAGUACUAGUAUCCAGACAAAAUUCUAUAAUAGAAGAACUAGAGAAACAGUUAGUCACUGCUACGGUAAACAAUUCAGUUAUGCAAAAACAGCAACAUGAUCUGAUGGAGACUGUUCACAACUUGCUUACUAUGAUAGCUACACCAAACUCAGCCAAGAACAACUUUGUGGCUAAAGAAGAACAAAUCCAUUUCAAAGACUGUGCUGAAGCAUUCAAAUCGGGACUUACAACCAGUGGAAUCUACACCUUAACAGUUCCUAAUAGUGCAGAAGAAAAAAAGACAUACUGUGAUAUGGAAAGCAAUGGAGGGGGGUGGACAGUUAUUCAGCGACGUAAAGAUGGCAGUGUGGACUUUCACCGGACAUGGAAAGAGUACAAGAUGGGAUUUGGUGAUCCUGCUGGGGAGUACUGGCUGGGAAAUGAGUUAGUUUCUCAACUGACUAAUCAGAAACGCUAUGUUCUUAAAAUACACCUGAAAGACUGGGAAGGAAAUGAGGCAUAUUCAUUGUAUGAACAUUUCUAUCUAGCAAGUGAAGAACUAAAGUACAGGAUCCAGCUUAAAGGACUAACUGGGACAGCGGGCAAAAUAAGUAGCAUCAGCCAACCAGGAAAUGAUUUUAGCACAAAGGAUGCAGACAAUGACAAAUGUAUUUGCAAAUGUUCACAAAUGCUAACAGGAGGCUGGUGGUUUGAUGCAUGUGGUCCCUCCAACUUGAAUGGAAUGUACUAUCCACUGCGGCAGAACACCAACAAAUUUAAUGGUAUUAAGUGGUAUUACUGGAAAGGAUCAGGGUACUCUCUCAAAGCCACAACUAUGAUGAUCCGACCAGCAGAUUUCUAAAUGCCCUUUGCAUUCUAUGUGAAUUGUGUGUUGUACAGUCUUCAAAAACUACAUUUGCCAAACAUUUAAACUCACAGCUGCAAUUUGUCAUUUUCCAGCCCAGAAAACAUGCACUAGUAUUCUAAAGGGAUCAAUUUGUUCUAAUUCUUGAAUUGUGAUAGUCUUCAUCAGUUCAAGCUCACGUUACUCAACUAGACACAACAAAGUCUAAAACAUUAAAUAAUCUGUGUAACAAUGAUUUUGGCAGAAAGACUGAGUAAAAAGGAUGACCAAGAAACUGUCAGACAAUUUAUGGACUUUGUUUUCUUGAUCAUUUAUGUUGUGUGUGUUAGUAAAUAACUGGAACUGUGAAAAAUAUCUAAAAACUUAGUUUUAGAAAUGUGCCUUUGUGCUCAUUACUGAACUUUAAACAUUACAUUAAUAUAAAAUUCUCCUAACUUGCAAUCUAAAUCUAGAACUAUUUUUCUAUCCCAUAAUUGUUUGUAGUUUAUGUACAUAUAUAAUGCCUUGUAAUUAGCUCAUUGUUAUAAUUAAAGGAUACAUUCCUUUGCAAAGACUUCUUUGCAAAUAGUGUUUAGACUUAUUUGGGGCUUUUCUUGUAGUCCACAUCAGUUUAUUUAACAAUCUUAGGAGAAAUAGCAUUUCCAUUUAAGUGCUUUGCAUUUAUUCUUGGAAAAUACUGUGUAUAAUUGAUCACUAUUUUGUGUUUUUUUUUAAAAAUAAUCAGAUUUUGUACUUAUUACAGUUGAUAUUUUAAAGUACAAACUCUCCUGCCAAUUAUAGUAUGGCAUCAUGUGUUUCAUUACAUUUUCUAUAAAGAUUGCACUUUUCCCCCUUUCGAGUUGUUUAAUGUAUAACAACUGAGAAUUAAGUAUUACAUAAUGCUGUUGCCUCACUUAAACAUCAGACAACUGCUGUUCUCCAUGCAAUUAAAUAUCACCUGGUGAUGUUUAGACCUUUUGUGAAAAAUAAGCUAACUUUAAUAACGUCUUUAAAACCAAUCUGCUCUUUUAUGGAAAAAAGCUCAUGUUUAUUUCUUAAGAUAAAUUUUAUUGCAUUUUAGAAAGAGAAGGAAGAGAAACCUAAAAAUAUCCUAUGGUCAGACAGUUUUUCUGUGUGGGAAAUAGCUGUAUGAGACUCAGGCAAUUCUGAGUAUGGUGAUAUUCUAGGCCUCAAUGUAUAUCUUUAAGUGAAU